AAAACAGUCCAACUCUGCGUCUAUAUGCAUAGGGAGAGAAAGGGAAGAGGAAGAAGUAGAAUAAGACAUGGGGUCCUCGGUCGGUCUCAUAAAGUCGCAUAAGGGGACAUAUUCAUACACAUAUAUAUAUAUAUAUAUAUAUCAACUUGUUCAUAAGCAUACACAUCUCCUCCAUCCCUCCUCCACAGGCAAGAAAGAACCCUUCAAGGGAUUUUAAAAAGAAAAAAGCUGUGAGAUUGCGACCUGUCUUGUUCUUUUAGAGAGGAGAGGAGAGGAGAGGAGAUAGGGUUGUUCUUCGUUUUCCUCAGAUCCAACAGCAGUAUUCGCAGUUCUUGGAGCUUUCAGGGUUUGCGUAAAUAUUAAUAAUAAUAAUCAGUUUUCCUUGGCAUAGACAGAAGGGGAGAACUGUUCCCGGAGCUGGGUCUUUCCGAAAGAGGGCAGAGAGUAGAGAGAGACAAUGAUGGUCCAUCAUGACAAUCACCACCGUCCGUUCACAUCGCCACCAUCAUCAUCAUCGAAGUACGGUGGUGAUGGGGAUGUUGUCCCCGCUGGAACCAACGGCAGAUUCUUCAGUAGCAGCAGCGGUGCUGCUGUCGUUAAUGGUAGACUUGGACUACUUGGAGGAGGAGACAGGAGAGCUCCACACCACCACCACCGUCAUCAUCACGAUCCUUUUGAGAGCUUCAUCCCCUCCGCGUCUUCCUCCUCAGGGAUGGGAUACCCAUUUACACAGGCGCAGUGGAGGGAGCUGGAGAGGCAAGCAAUGAUCUACAAGUACAUGGUGGCCUCUGCCCCUGUGCCCCCUGAUCUCUUGUUCCCUCUGUCAUCCGUCCCUGACUCUCACUACUCCUCCUCCUUAGCGGGAGGAAGCUACAGUCUCAGGUUUGGGAACGCCGGAGGAGAUCCGGAGCCGGGAAGGUGCAGGAGGACCGACGGUAAGAAGUGGAGGUGCUCACGGGCCGCGGCGCCAGACCAGAAGUACUGCGAACGACACUUAAACAGGGGCCGCCCCCGUUCAAGAAAGCCUGUGGAAGUCUCUGCCUCUCCCAACAAGAAGACCCGCCAUUGCCAUGGCAGCAACGCUCCUCUUCCAUCUUCUUCUCCUGCUGCUGCCGGCAACAAUGCGACUCCAUCUCAGCACUACCACAACAACCAAGCUCCUCAGAUGUUUCUGCGCGGAAAUGGAGGACUUGAGCCUGUUUCAGUGCCUCACAGCCAGGAGGCCAGGGGCUUGGAGUGGCUGAUGAUACGAGAAUCCCACAUAGCAGAGGAGACUCUCAACCUCAAUUCUAAUUACACCUCCACCAAAUCAAAUCAGUUCAAUGAAUAUCUCUUCCCUCUCGGCAACUCGGAUGUCAUCUCUGUAGCAGAACCACAGAGCUCCACUCCUAGAGGGUUCAUCGAUGCCUGGUCCGACACCAACUCUAAGAAGAGCUGCUCCGUUUCACCACAUGAUGAGAAGCUCUCCCUUUCUGAGGAGAUGGGUCACAUCCACAUGGGCUUGGGAGUCUCCCACUGGGUCCAAGCUGGUGAUGUGAAAUCGAGCUCAUGGAUCUCUUCUGCACCAGGGGGCCCACUGGGCGAGGUCUUCCGACCCACUAUCAACUCUGUGUCUAGCCCGUCAUCUCUGAACUCUGGAAGCCCGUUGAUCUCUUCACCCUCGGCGGUUCUGCAGAGGAAGAUGACCUCUAUUUCUGAUAGCAGCGGAGGGAGUAGUCCAACACCCGGGAGUUCAAUGGGGAGAUCGGAGAUCAAUGUGAAUUGGUUCAAUCCAAACUAAGCUUUGCAUCAUUAGAAGCUAUUGUAUUUACUACGCUUAAUUUAAUUUUGGGGACUAGCAUCCGAGUUCGCGGCAUUUAUUUCAGUCGGGCCUUUAGUUGUUGUAACAUUUUGUUGUCUAGUAAGUUUCUCGUCUUUCCUCAGCACACUGGCUGGGGCCCUCUUUCUUGUCUGAAAAUAUCUUUUGAAUGGAAAGUGCUCCUUGGUGUUAUA